AUGGCCCAGGGCGCGCUGUGGGCGGACGACGGCGGCGGCGGGCCUGCUGCGGGGCUGUGGCCGGCCUUCGUCGUGGCCCUGGUGGCCGCCUUCGUCGCCUGGCUGUGGUACGCGGGAAGCGGCGGCGACGAGAAGGCCGCAGCCCCCGAGGCGGGCUCCCCUCAGCCGCCGAGCCGCGAGGAGGAGAAGGAGGCGGCGCCGCCGGGCCCAGAACCACUUCAGGGAAGCUGCAAACGUCUUGCAUCUGAAACCCAGCCAAACGAUGUGUCCGUCUGUCAGGAGCCUGCGCAGAACCCGUUGGCUUCUCCGGGAGAACAUAGCAUCCCCAGAGAGACUCCAGAAACCGAGCCAAUCGUCAAGGAGCCCGUAACCCCCUUAAUGAACUGCAAGGAGUACCCGAGGAAUGAAAUAUUUCACUUCCCUGUAGCUGUGUCAGAACCACCGAAGAGCGAUGAAGCUGAAACACUUGGCACGGGCAUUUCCACCGAAGCGAGUGCCCCUAGCGAUAAGGACGAGGACAAAUGCAAAGACCAGCCGCACCACAACUCUCUUGACCACGAAGAGUGGGAAAUCGUCCCCGAGCACUCGGCGUGGGGCGAUGCUAACAGGAGCAGCAGCCCCGAGGAUGCCAGCGGCAACAGGGACCCGGAGCAAGCCAAGCGGGUGGCGGCCGUGUCUCCGAUGCCCCAGACUGUCCACGUGACUUUCCGCGUGCACUACAUCACAUACUCGGAGACGCGGCUGAUUGCUGUCACAGGUGACCACGAAUGCCUCGGCCAGUGGCAGCACUACGUCCCGCUCAGGUGUGACAAGGACGGGUUCUGGUCAGACUCUGUCGUCUUGCCUGUAGACACCAGAGUCGAGUGGAAGUUCAUCGUAGUGGAGAACGGCAAGGUCAGGCGGUGGGAAGAAUGUGACAAUCGAACCCUGCUGACGGAACACGAGGAUCGGGUGGUCCAUAAGUGGUGGGGAUUUCACUGAGUGGGAGC